CCUCCUGGGCAGCCAGGGCAGCAAGGACGGCACCAAGGGAGCUGCCCCAUGGACAGGGGCCCACAGAGACAGCACCGAGCCUCGCAGGAGCUGCUGGCUGCAAAGAAGACCCACACCUCACAAAUUGAAGUCAUUCCUUGCAAAAUCUGUGGGGACAAGUCAUCUGGGAUCCACUAUGGGGUUAUCACCUGUGAGGGGUGCAAGGGUUUCUUCCGCCGGAGCCAGCAGUGCCAUGUGGUCUACUCCUGCACCCGCCAGCAGAACUGUCCCAUCGACCGCACCAGCCGAAACCGAUGCCAGCACUGUCGCCUGCAGAAAUGCCUGGCACUGGGCAUGUCCCGAGAUGCUGUCAAGUUCGGCCGCAUGUCCAAGAAGCAGAGGGACAGCCUGCACGCCGAGGUGCAGAAACAGCUUCAGCGGCAGCAACAGCAGCAGCGGGGACAGGUGGCCAAGACCCCACCAGCGGGGGGCCAGGGGGCCGACCCCCUCGCCUGCCCUAUAGGGCUCCCUGAUGGGCAGCUGCCCCUGGGCUCCUCACCUGACCUGCCUGAGGCCGCGGCCUGCCCCCCUGGCCUCCUGAGAGCCCCGGGCUCCGAGUCUUCCUACCCCAGCAGCUUGGCCAAGGCCGGGCCUGACGGGGCUUCAUACCACCUGGAAUACAGCCCUGAGCGGGGCAAGGCUGAGACUGGCAAGGGCUUCUACAGCACAGGCAGCCAGCUGAGCCCUGACAGAUGUGGACUUCGUUUUGAGGAUGCCGGGCAUCCUGGGCUUGAGGAACCAGGACAGGGCCCGGACAGCUACUGCAGCCUCAGUUUCCACAGCGCCCCAGAGGGGCCUUAUGCCUCCCUGACAGAGACUGAGCACCUGGUGCAGAACGUUUGUAAGUCCUACCGAGAGACGUGUCAGCUGCGGCUAGAGGACCUGCUACGGCAGCGCCCUAACAUCUUCUCCCGGGAGGAGGUGGCCGGCUACCAGACGAAGUCCAUGUGGGAGAUGUGGGAACGCUGUGCCCACCGCCUCACCGAGGCCAUUCAGUACGUGGUGGAGUUCGCUAAGAGGCUCUCAGGCUUUAUGGAGCUCUGCCAGAAUGACCAGAUUGUGCUUCUCAAAGCAGGAGCAAUGGAAGUGGUGCUGGUCAGGAUGUGCCGGGCCUACAACGCUGACAACCACACGGUCUUUUUCGAAGGCAAAUACGGUGGCAUGGAGCUGUUCCGAGCCUUGGGCUGCAGUGAGCUCAUCAGCUCCAUCUUUGACUUCUCCCGCUCCCUGAGCUCCUUGCGCUUUUCUGAGGACGAGAUCGCUCUCUACACAGCGCUGGUGCUCAUCAAUGCCAACCGGCCAGGGCUGCAAGAGAAAAGGAAAGUAGAGCAGCUGCAGCACAACCUGGAGCUGGCUUUUCAUCACCAUCUCUACAAGACUCACCGCCAAGGCAUUCUGGCUAAGCUGCCCCCCAAGGGGAAACUUCGGAGCCUGUGUAGCCAGCACGUGGAAAAGUUGCAGACCUUCCAGCAUCUCCACCCCAUUGUGGUCCAAGCUGCUUUUCCUCCACUCUACAAGGAACUCUUCAGCACUGAAAUUGAGUCACCUGAAGGCCUGUCCGAGUGACCUGGAGGAGGGACUCCUUUCCCUUCCCUACAGCCUACUGGCAUUCCUCCCGGAUCUCAUCCCACCUUCACAUUUUUCUUACCUGUGCCCCCGGA